AUGUCUCUUCCACACCGAACGUACUCUCGACACAAAAUAGCAGUCAGACAACGGUCAAUGUCGCUCACCGACGACUUUGAAUGCCGCUUGUUUGAUUCCCCUUAUCGAUCACAAUUCGACAGCGACGAUAACGUAGGCUAUAGUUCAUACAGUUAUGAACCAGUUCCUGUUCUAGUUAUGGCAAGGCAGCAAGGAUUUGUAUUCAACGAGGAAGUUCUUGUCAGCCCACUUCGACGGCGCAGUGGAUACGAAACACUAGCAUCGAUGUGUAAAACAAACUCCUCGUCUGGAUCCGAAGAUGGCUGUGGAAGUUCGCAGGACGAGCUCGACGAUGGCUCAGUCAAUGAAGAAAAUCACACUCAAACAUCACUUUCCAAAGAUACCACGCAAGCACCGGAACGAGUGGUUGAAAUUAAACUGAGAGCAACUGAAUGCGAUAUUUGGCCGGAAUAA